AUGCGUCUUGUUAACAUCCACACGCUCAAACUCCACGAGUUUGUCGAAGGCUCGAUCCCGCCUUACGCUAUCUUGUCGCACAGAUGGACCGACGAAGAGCUGACGUUCAAGGAGCUUGCGAAGGACCGCGCCGACAAGGACAAGAAAGAAUAUCGAAAGCUGCUCGGUGCAUGUCGGGUUUCUGCCCAUUAUGGUGUCGACUACGUCUGGAUCGACACUUGCUGCAUUGACAAGAGAAGCAGUGCCGAACUUUCGGAGUCGAUCAACUCUAUGUUUGCAUGGUACCAGAAGGCGAAAGUGUGUCUGGCAUAUCUCGAGGACGUCCAUGUUGGCCCGAAUCUGGAUGAGGAGUUCAGGGGGAGUGUUUGGUUUACGAGAUCGUGGACUUUGCAAGAGCUGAUUGCACCAAAAUCUGUGCACUUCUAUGACCAUGACUGGGAGCAUUUCAGCUCGAAAGACGGCGUCAUCCCAACUCUCUUCCAUAUCACUGGGGUGGAUCGAGAUGUGCUGUCAGGUUCUUGCUCGGUACGUGAGUGUUCCGUUGGCGAGAGAAUGUCCUGGGCCGCAGAUCGCCACGCCACGAGAUCUGAAGACGUCGCAUACAGCCUGAUGGGAAUCUUCAAUGUCAAUAUGCCACUAUUGUACGGGGAAGGCCAGAGGGCAUUCGAAAGAUUACAAGAGGAGAUCCUGCGGCGCAGGACAGGAGGCCUACUGCUCAAGGUCGGUGUGUCGACUAGGGAUUUCUAA